AUGCCUGCCUUUUCCAACGGAUUUGCAGCCGACAUUCGCAGGCCUUUGGGAAGAGAAGCUGCGGUGGCUCUCGACGCGCUCCAAACCGCUUAUUACGAUCUCAGCACUGCCACUAUCGCGCGGGAUGCAUUGACCGCUAACCUCUGCUCUGCUGCUGCGUUGGCUUGGGUUGUAUAUGACAUGAUUCUAUGCUUUGGAAGAGAGGUUCCUCUAGUCUGGGGGCGCUGGAAGGAACCCAAGGGUCGACAUACGAGACGGCUCUACGUUCUUGUACGGUAUUUCUCCGUCCUGAACCUGGCAUGGUACGUCGGCGUGAACACAAGCUUUGAUAUUACGCCCAAUGUGAGCCAAGUCAUGACCUCAUGUCUGGUGCCCAUCUCACAUCCCCUUUUCUACUGCAAAGUCUGGCACUAUCUCCUGGUCGUUAAUGCGACCGCAAUCACCCUGCUUCCGGAUGCCAUGAUUCUCAUCCGUGUGAAUGCGGUGUAUAACUGGAAUGUCACGACGUUGGUGCUCACCAUCUCGUUAUUCAUAACCCAAAUGGCGACGAGCCUAGUAAUAGGCUUCCUAACUGCCGUGGACACCCCAGUAAUACCGCCAGUGAGAGGCCUACAGCGGCCGGGCUGCAUGUUAGCCCCAUCAUUGCACCAUUCGAAGAUAGCACUCGCUGCAUGGAUCCCUUCGAUAGCAGCACAAACGAUAUACUUCGUCCUCAUGCUGAAGACACUCCUUCAUCUCAUGCGCGGGCUGGACAAGAAAGGCGCUGGUCGCGUCAACUGGGAGAAUUGGAUAGAGGUCAAGCGGCUCGUGCCGACUAUGGUGGUGUUCAUCGAGCAUGGGUUUGCGUACUACGUUUUCGGCACACUGAUUAAGGUCGUCAAUGCUGUUCUCCUGAUUGGCACGUCAGGACCGCUUCAGAUGGUCGGCAUUAGCUGGAUGAUGGCUCUCUAUCCUAUCGUUAUAUGCCGCAUCUACCUGUCCAUGGUCGACUAUCUUCAUUCGAAGCGACACCGACGGCGGCACCACCUGCACGCAAACGGCCACACCGAGACGGGCUCGGAGGAAGAUGUCGACUUCACGUUCAACCCGCAGGACGAACCGCCUGCCGAAGAUUUAGGAAGACUUGAGUUCGCAAGGCGGAGUCGGGGCUCGUGUGAGAUGCUGGAGAUAGAGGGACCGCAAAUGGUGGAGUUUGGAGACGAGGAAUAUUGA